GCAAGGUCACUCACGCUCAUCAAACAAAGCCACACCACCCUGUCAGACUGGAUAGCACAUGUUUUGCGAGAUGCGGCCUAGCGCGCGUCGCAACCACAAGCACAGGACAAUGCCCGAAUCUGUCUGCUCUCUUCCCAAGCCGAGUGGAUCUGCAACGUGGUGCACCGAUGUAAAAGGUAAACCUGGAAGUGCAAGCGCGUUGCAAGCAUGAUGUCAUAGCUUCACUCAGCGAGGACCUCAUAAAUUCAGACUCCCACAACAACGCCUAGCAUUCCUCGUUACGAACAAUCAUCCUGAUACGAUUUGAUACCCUCUCGUCUGAUCUCUCCCGUAAAAUCAGCGUAUUCAUACACCAUGACCACCUCCAAGUUCUUCACCGUGCUCGCAGGCAUCGUCAGCGUCCUCGCCCUCGCAGUCUACCUCUUCGGCAUCCCGCCAGAAGUAAAGCGCAAGCUUGAACGCUCCGCCCUCAAGACCAUGGGUGAAAAUAAGCUCUCCUACAUUGCCAAGGACCAAAUCUCCAAGAUCCCCGCAUCGGACCAGGAGAAUGUCAAAGACCUCAAGAAAGGGCUUGGCAAUGCUGUUGGCGGCCUUGCCAGCAAUCCGCUCGGAGAAGCUACUGGUGAAGCUGCGGAUUCUUUGACGAGUCCGCUCACCGGUCGCUAAUCUGAUGUGUGAUAUAGGGCGAGCGGUGAGUCAGGCGUGGGAUAGCGUGGAGGACUUUUCGAAGAUACUUCUUGAGCGCGUGUCGACGAUGGCAAAGGAAGCUAGAGAUGGGCCAGUGAAGAAGGCGGGUGAGGCUGAGAAGUCUAGGACGGUGCAGAAGGCGAAGGAUACCGCAGAAGGAUAUACCACAGCGCAGGAAUGAGUUCACGUCUUGCAUAGGGAAGACGAAGGCCUCAUCAUGAUGUUCACGAUUGCAUACCUUGGAGUUAGCGAUUAUUCUAGAACCUAAUCCGACCUCGCAUU